CAAGUUAGAUAGGCACAGUAGUGCCUUUUAGCAAAAAGAACCAAAUGCGCGCCUUUUCAAAACAGGACCUAACAGCUAAACAGCAGCUUCUUCAUAAAUGAUAAAUCAUAGCCUCCAACUCCAUCGCAUCUCCAUGUCCAUACCAAACAAGAUUGUUCAAAAUUACAGUCUGAUCUGAUGGAUUUACAGAGCGGUUUUCCAUUACUAUUCCAACAGUACAAGUCCCUUUUCAACAAGAAUUUCUUGCUUUCAUGGCGGACUAAGACGGCCACUUUCCUACAAAUAUUCGCCUCUUUCUUCUUCAUCUUCCUCAUCUUCGCAAUCCAGAAAGCUGUCGAGGCUCGCUUCUCUUCCUCCACCGCUUUCAGGAGCGUUCCUAAUCCUCAACCUCAGCUCUCUUUUCCAAUCCCCCCGUGUGAGGACAAGUUCUAUGUCAAGCUUCCUUGUCUCGACUUCGUCUGGAGCGGUAAUGGAAGCGCUAGGGUUCGGCAAAUUGUCCGAGCCAUUUUGAUUAAUAAUCCCGGAAGGCCGAUUCCUUCCAACAAGGUUAAAUCAUUUAGAACAGUAGCUGAAGUAGAUGAAUAUCUGUUUAAUAAACCUAUGACCUGUCCGGGAGCUUUGCAUUUUGAGGAGGAAAAUGCUACUGUAAUUAGCUAUGGCAUUCAGACCAAUUCAACUUACGUGAGGAAGCGAGGAUAUUAUGAAGACCCCUCAUUGAAGUUUCAAAUCCCACUUCAGAUUGCUGCAGAGCGUGAAAUAGCAAGGUCUCUCAUUGGAGUUCCAAACUUUAGCUGGGCUGUCAAUCUUGUGGAAUUUUCUCACCCUGCUAAGGAAAUAUUCUCUGCAAUGGAUACAAUAGGACCAACAUUUUUCUUUGCAACUGCCAUGUUUGGAUUUGUACUUCAGAUUAGUUCUUUGCUCACUGAGAAAGAACUAAAACUGCGGCAGGCUAUGACUAUGAUGGGUCUUUAUGAUUCUGCUUACUGGUUGUCAUGGCUCACAUGGGAGGGGAUUCUUGUCUUGCUCUCAUCACUUGUUAUUGUUCUUGUUGGCAUGAUGUUUCAGUUUGAAUUCUUCUUGAACAAUAGUUUUGCUGUUGUAUUUCUUGUAUUCUUUCUAUUCCAACUCAAUAUGCUUGGCUUCGCCUUCUUGUUGUCAGCCUUCAUGACUAAGGCAUCUUCAUCUACAACUGCUGGUUUCUUCGUGUUUAUUGUUGGCUUUGUAACUCAGCUGGUUACAGCAUUCGGAUUUCCAUACUCUUCUAUCAUAUCUAAACAUGUCAGAAUCAUUUGGUCAUUCUUCCCACCAAAUCUUCUGGCUCAAGCCUUAUCCUUACUUGCUGGAGCAACAUCCACAUCUCAAGAUGUUGGGGUUAGCUGGAGUAGACGAGCAAAAUGUGCACCAAAUGACAACGAGUGUGUCAUAACAAUUGAUGAUAUUUAUAAGUGGCUGGUGGCUACUUUCUUCCUUUGGUUAGUGUUGGCGAUCUACUUUGAUAACAUUAUUCCUAACGUAUACGGUGUAAGAAAAUCUGUGUUUUAUUUUUUAAAACCAGGAUAUUGGUUUGGAAAAGGUGGAAACAAAAUGAAAGAGGGUGGCAUUUGUAGCUGUGUAGGCUCUCUUCCACCACAGGAGCUUAUUUCCCCAGAUGAUGAAGAUGUCAUUGAAGAGGAGAACCUAGUAAAACAACACACUAGGGAAGGUGUUAAUUACCCCAAUAUUGCUGUUCAGAUCCGUGGAUUGGGAAAAACAUACCCUGGGUCCAUAAACAUUGGUUGCUGUAAAUUCAAGAAAAAUUCUCCUUACCAAGCUUUGAAGGACCUGUGGGUUAACUUUGCAAAAGAUCAGUUGUUUUGUCUUCUUGGACCCAAUGGAGCAGGGAAGACCACAGCAAUUAAUUGUUUGACUGGAAUCACUCCGGUGACUAGUGGAGAUGCUUUGAUAUAUGGGCUAUCUGUACGAAGCUCCACUGGCAUGUCUAAAAUUCGAAAAUUAGUCGGAGUUUGUCCUCAGUUUGAUAUUCUUUGGGAUGCACUUUCUGGCAAAGAACACCUCGAUCUCUUUGCUAGUAUUAAGGGCCUGUCCCCAUCCUCAAUCAAAUCAGCUAUUCAAGCAUCACUUGAGGAGGUGAGACUCACUGAGGCAGCCAAAAUAAGAGCUGGCAGUUAUAGUGGAGGAAUGAAACGUCGACUCAGUGUUGCUAUAGCCCUUAUUGGUGAUCCAAAACUAGUCAUAUUAGAUGAACCUACAACGGGUAUGGAUCCAAUAACAAGAAGACAUGUGUGGGAUAUUAUAGAAAAUGCUAAGAAAGGGCGUGCAAUAGUCCUAACAACACAUUCAAUGGAAGAAGCUGACAUUUUAAGUGAUCGGAUUGGAAUUAUGGCAAAGGGUAGGCUACGCUGCAUUGGAACCUCAAUCAGAUUGAAGUCCCGUUUUGGGACUGGUUUUAUUGCUAAUGUGAGCUUUUCUGGUAGCAACAAUCGCCAAACUACCAACAGGGAUGUUGUUGAUACAACUCAUCAUGAUGCCGUGAAGCAGUUCUUUAAGCAUCAUUUAAACGUUCUUCCAAAAGAGGAGAACAAAUCAUUUUUGACCUUUGUCAUUCCUCAUGAUAGAGAGGUGCUUUUACCGAAUUUUUUUACGGAGCUACAAGAAAGAGGAAGUGAAUUUGGUAUAGUUGACAUUCAACUUGGUCUUACAACUCUUGAAGAAGUUUUCUUAAAUAUAGCAAAGCAAGCAGAACUAGAAACAGCAAUAGCUGAGGGUAGAGUUGUUACUCUUACUUUAACAUCUGGAAUAUCAAUUGAGAUACCAGUGGGAGCUAGGUUUGUGGGAAUUCCUGGAACCGAAAGUACAGAGAAUCCUAGAGGGAAUAUGGUAGAGGUCUACUGGGACCAAGAUGAGUCUGGAACCCUCUGCAUCUCUGGCCACUCUGAUGAAACUCCAAUUCCUCCAAAUAUUGAGCCAAUGGAACCUUUAGCCCCUACUCAUCACAGAGGUAUCUUCGGCCGACCAGGAGUAGCCCAUGGCAUUGUUCUUGAUCCUGAUCAAAUCAUCAGCAGAAAUUCUCAUUGAUGCAUACCAACUCAUAGAGGUUCAAGUUAUUUUUAUGUUGCUUGUACAUUUUCGUUAGCAACCUCAUUAAUUUCAAGCAGCUUACAUCAUUGUUUAAAAACAUUGGAAAUAUUAUACGUAACCUUACUGUAAAUACAAACUUGUAAUCUAAGUUACAUGUUUUUUAUUAUUGUCUCUAUAUUUUAUGCAAACUACGAUUAUGGCAA